AUGAAGGGACUUCACCGGGGGACGGCCACUGCCCUGGCCUUGCUGCUCUCCGCUUGCUUCAUCACUUUUUCCAGGUCUGCUCCUCAGGAUCACUUCCAAAGAAGAAACUGGACUCCACAAGCAAUGCUCUAUUUAAAGGGUGCACAAGGUCGUCGGUUCAUCUCAGAAGAGAGUCAGAGGAAGGAUCUGUACGACAGGCUACAGCUAGAAAAACGGAGCCAAAACGCAAACCCUCUGACCCUUCCUGAAGCUGUGGCGUUGUUUCUGUCCUCCUUGCAAAAAGCACACGAGGAAGGUGAAGAGGACGCUGAGGAGAAGCCUGGGUACGUUGCUGAUGGGCUGCUGAACUGGUGA